AUGCCUAACGUGGGUCCCGAUGCGACGAGGGCCGGCCCUCGGAAGACGGUGGCUGUGAUAGGGGGUUCGUUCGAUCCUCCGACUCUGGCUCAUCUGAUGGUGGCUUCUCAAGUAGUUCAGCUGGGCUGUGCGGACGAGGCAUGGAUGAUACCAUGUGGCAACAGGCCUGACAAGGACUCUCAAGCUGAUGUGGUGACACGACUGCGCAUGACCCAAGCUGCCAUAGAGGCGGUGGUCCCGGAGGAAUUCCCGAUCAAGUGCUGCGACAUUGAGGUGGUUAACGGGUCAUUUAUUCCGACAGUUUUCCUAAUGCGUCGCCUCCGAGAGCGGCAUCCCGACAUGACGUUCCGCUUCGUCAUUGGUAGUGAUUUACCACCAACGUUACUCGAAUGGGAUCAUGGCGACGAACUGAUAGCUGAAAACGAAUUCAUAGUUUUACCACGGCCAGACUCCAAACCAGAAUACGAGUGGCCACAGGGUUUGAAGUACGUCAAGGUCACCGACCGAGUUACUGCGAAUACAGCCCUCCUCACUACUGACAUUAGCAGUACGGCGGCACGGAAUAGACUGCGGGAACUCGGCUGGUUAGGGGCUGUGUCCAUCAUCCCUAAGCAGGUGAGAGCCCAGUCAGCGUGA